ACAGCUCUGAAAUGUAUUAGUAUAAUUUAAUGUAUAGGGGCUGUCUCUCCUACUCGAUUACCAUAGCCCUGUGCUGUCACCAGUGACGCAACGCCAGAGGUUAAAGCAAAACCAGGAAGAAGCUGGGAGUACCCUGAGCACUAAUGUAAUGGAGGAGCACGACUUGUGCGGAGAAAUCGCGGCGUCUUGAAUCAGAGGCACAACAUUGACUUCGGGAAACUUUUGAGCGCAUCGUUACAGUUGCUCGUACGGAGAGAUGUGUGAUCGGGUAUUCGCCUCUGCGUUAAAAAUGAGUUGGAGUCUAUGGAGCAAGGCCUUUGCGUGGCAUUUUCUGCUAUUGCUGUGCAGUAACCCUCUCCAGAUGUGCUCCUGCAGUGGGAACACGGUCACUCUGCCUGAAACUCUGCUCUUCGUCUCCACCCUCGAUGGAAGUUUACACGCGGUUAGCAAGAGGACCGGCUCCAUAAACUGGACGCUAAAGGAAGAUCCCGUUCUUCAGGUUCCAAUGCAUGUUGCAGAGCCUGCGUUUCUGCCGGACCCCAACGAUGGGAGCCUGUACUCCCUGGGAGGCAAAAACAACGAAGGACUCCUGAAACUGCCCUUCACAAUUCCUGAGCUGGUGCAGGCAUCGCCUUGCAGAAGUUCUGAUGGGAUUCUGUACAUGGGUAAGAAGCAGGACCUCUGGUUCGUGGUGGACCUGGUUACUGGAGAGAAGCAGCAGACCCUGACUUCUUCGUUCGCAGGAACUCUCUGCCCCUCCUCCUCCCUGCUCUACCUGGGGCGCACAGAAUACACCAUCACCAUGUAUGACACGAAGAACAAAGAGCUGAGGUGGAAUGCCACGUACUUCGAUUACGCCUCCACGCUGCCUGACGAAGACACGGAGUACAAAAUGUCUCACUUCGUGUCCAACGGAGACGGUCUGGUGGUCACCGUGGACCCUGAGUCGGGGGAUGUCCUGUGGAUUCAGAAGUAUAACUCCCCUGUGGUGGCGAUGUACAUCUGGCAGCGAGAGGGGCUGCGCAAGGUGGCGCACACCAACGUGGGGGUGGAGACCCUGCGCUACCUCACCUUCAUGUCCGGGGAAGUGGGGCGCAUCACCAAGUGGAAGUACCCCUUCCCCAAAGAGACCAAGGCCAAGAACAAGCUCAUGGCGACGCUUUAUGUGGGCAAGUACUCCAGCAGCCUGUACGCCUCCCCCUCCCUGGUGCACGACGGGGUCACUGUUGUGCCUCGAGGCAGCGCCUUUCCCUUGCUAGAGGGUCCAAAAACUGCAGGCGUGACCAUCGGAGACCAAGAGGAGUGCUUCAUUACCCCCAGCACUGACGUCAAAUUCAACACAGCGGGCCUCAAGGAGACAGAUCGUAUCAACUACAUGAGGAACCACUGGCUGCUGAUAGGUCAUCACGAAACCCCUCCCGCGGCCCACACCAAGAUCCUGGAAAAGUUUCCCGAGAACAUCCCGCGUCACCCGGAGAACGUCAUUCCCACCGGGGCUGAAAAGAACAAAGAGGAGGUGAUCGACAUGGAAGGAGAGGAGCAGGAGGUUCAGGUUCCCAUCGUUGACCUCAUCAAGGAGAAAAUCCCCAAGAAGCAGCAGAAGCUGGAAGCCCCUGUGGACUCAAUCCUGAAGGACAUGGCCACCGUCAUAUUCAGCACCUUCCUCCUGGCAGGAUGGGUGGCCUUCGUCAUCACAUACCCAAAGAACGUACAGAAGCAGCAGCAGCUGCAGCACCAGCAGUUCCAGAAGCAGAUGGAGGAGAAGAUCGAGCUCCUGCAGAGACAGCAGCUCGUGUUCCAGCCGCCGCUCGAGCUGGGCCAGGAUCCCGACUUCCUGGACGUGGCCCCGCGCGCCCGCACCGAGAGCUCCGCAAACAGCAGCCCCCGCGCCUCCAACCACUCGCUGCACUCCAACCUGUCCCUGUCUGAGAUGGGCAGCUCUGCCACGGAGCACGACGAAGGAGAUGACGAUUCUAAUGAAGUAAGGGUUGGAAACAUUGCAUUUAAUCCAAAACAAGUCUUGGGCCACGGGGCUGAAGGCACCAUCGUAUACAAGGGCAGGUUUGAUAACCGGGGUGUUGCGGUGAAAAGGAUCCUGCCCGAGUGCUUCAGCUUCGCGGAUCGGGAGGUGCAGCUGCUCCGUGAGUCUGACGAGCACCCCAAUGUCAUCCGCUACUUCUGCACCGAGAAGGACCGGCAGUUCCAGUACAUCGCCAUCGAGCUGUGCACAGCGACUCUGCAGGAGUACGUGGAGCAGAAAGAUUUUGACCGCCGCGGUCUGGAUCCGGUUUCUCUGCUGCAGCAAACGAUGUCCGGUCUGGCUUACCUGCACUCUCUUAAUAUUGUUCACAGGGACCUGAAGCCCCACAACAUCCUGAUCUCCAUGCCGAGCGCGCACGGCCGGGUCAAAGCCAUGAUCUCGGACUUCGGGCUCUGCAAGAAGCUGGCAGUCGGCAGGCACAGUUUCAGCCGCCGGUCGGGGGUCCCUGGCACAGAGGGCUGGAUCGCUCCGGAGGUGCUGAACGAGGACUGCAAGGAGAACCCUACCUAUGCUGUUGAUAUCUUCUCCGCUGGCUGCCUGUUCUACUAUGUAGUAUCCGAAGGCAGCCACCCAUUUGGCAAGUCCCUGCAGCGGCAAGCCAAUAUUUUGUUGGGCACUUACAUGCUUGACCAGCUCCAGCCUGACACUCAUGAGGGCAUUGUUGCCAAUGAACUCAUUCAGCAAAUGAUAAGCAUGGACCCCCAAAAGCGCCCGUCAGCGGAGUGUGUUUUAAAACACCCCUUCUUCUGGGGCUUAGAAAAACAACUGCAGUUCUUCCAGGAUGUGAGCGACCGGAUAGAAAAGGAGCCUCUGGAUGGGCCCAUAGUGAAACAAUUAGAGCGAGGGGGAAGAAGCGUGGUGAAGUUUGACUGGAGAGAGCACAUCACUGUACCUUUACAAACAGAUCUCCGAAAAUUCCGAUCCUAUAAAGGAGGUUCAGUAAGAGAUCUUCUUCGUGCAAUGAGAAACAAGAAGCACCACUACAGGGAGCUCCCUGUGGAAGUGCAGGAGACGCUGGGGUCCAUCCCGGAUCACUUUGUGUGCUACUUCACAUCCCGCUUCCCCCACCUCCUGCUUCACACGCACCUCGCCAUGCAGAUCUGCAGCGAGGAGAGGCUGUUCCAGCCUUACUACUACACAGGGGGGUCGCAGCAGAGACACAGACACUCGCCCCUGCCGGAGACCAGCGACUCUCUGUGAGCGGCAUCGCCUCACUCCACAAAAGACAUUCCAGGGCCGAGGCUGAGCACGAUGGUGGAUUGAGCUCGUUGCGAAGUGCCUUCAUUCCCUCGCAGCGUAUCUGAAGAAGGAUACAGGCACGGACAGCCUGCUUUCUGCACUGCGCUUGUGUUUAAACUGACGGGGAGUGGCGACGACAGUCCUGCUGCUAUUGCGGCAUUGACACCCUUUCAGGCCUGUUUUAAACUUUUUGUUUCUUUUUUUUCUUUUUAUAAAGCGGUUUGUGGUGCAUCAUGUACUAGCUGCUGCGAUGUUGGACUAGAUGGUGUGAUGGUAAAAUCAAGUGUCGUUUUAUCAGCUAUACUGUGAAACGGGUCCCACGGCAAGGCCAUACUAACUCGGCUAUUUUAAAGAAUAUAUAUAUUUAUAUAUAAUAUAUAUAUAUAUAUAUAUAUAUAUAUUUUUUUUUUAAGACUUUUUUUUUUUUAGGCAUUAAGGUGCAACACUUUUUUAACGUUUGGCCAUCAAAGAAUGGUUUAUUUUUUUACUUUGUUCAUGUAGGGUAAAGAUUUUCAGUGUUAAAGGGUUAAUUUUCCUAUUUUUUUUUUUUUUUUUUGCCUGUGGUAAGUCCCUUGCAUGGCACUGGCCUCUUAUCUUUCAUGGUUUCAAAACAGCUAUUGUUUCUGUGUCACGUGACCAGUUACACCCAUGGUGAAUGUGCUGUACAGUAAAUACCAACCAGGGCUGUGUGGAUCACAGGUGUGUGUGCUUAUGUAAUCAAUCACUUUUCUCUAGCAACGGGUGUGUCUGUCACAUUCAAUAGGAACACAUCGUCAAUACCCUCAAAAUAAUAAACACUGAGAACUGCUUCAAAGGUUUGCAACCUUUUCAAGUGGAAUUUCUCUUCAUUUAUGCGUUCUUGGCUACAAGCUGGGCUUUUAGGUAACCCUUUCCUCAUCAGUGGCAUUCGCAGAUCACAGCGAGGGGUUGCCCUGUUUCCUGCCUCGUGCUGGUCGGAAGCAGAGGGGAAUGACUGCAGACUUUGUGAAUCUAUUUAAUGAUCUCUACAGCGGCACUCCUUCAGAGCGUCUCUCUAAACCCUCACGCCUGCUCAAUUUACUCGACUUUAUAUUUUGUAUUGCAGUGUUAUUAAUAAACUACCCCUCGGGGGACACACAAGCAUGGUUGAUAUAAAGUUGAAGGGUGGUGGUAUCUAAAAUUGAAGCCAAUUUGAAAAUAAACAAAUGAAAGUGUGUUGGGGUGGGGGCGUCCCUUUUUUAUUAUUUUUUUUUGUUUGUUUCUUCUCACUGUACAUGCAUACACCAAAGUGCCAGAUUAUCAUUUGAAACAUUUAGCAAUGUUUGGAAUGUGUAACGCGGAUUAACACUGGACUGUUUUCAAAACGUUGCAUUAACUAGGAAGGUAGUCCUAUUUGUUUUUUUUUGCUAUUUACACAUUUCUAGAGGACUUUUUGUAAGUUUACUGUAUGUGCAGUAUUUCUUGACGUGUUAUAGUCUAUUUGGACUUGGUGCCGGGUUUCAGUAUGGGGGGGCUUAUUAUUGUAAGCCCUUUGAAGAAACACGGUUCAUUUGAAUGGGGGUACUUGGCUUUUAGAUGCUGUUUAUUUUUCAUUUUGUUUAGAUUAAUCGAUAAAUCAGAAAGCAUUAUUUUUUUAGGAACUUCCUAAAGAAUAUUCUCCUAUAGCAAAUCUUUUUUUUUUUUUUUUUUUUUCCAGAAAAGCUAAUUUAUUUAUUUAAGCUGAAGUUUCAGAAUGUUGUAAUUUCUGCAUUUUGUGGUGUUGCUAAUAUGCAAGCAGUUCUUCAAGGUAAAAUGCCAAAUAAUCAAACUGUGUGUUUUAAAUUAAGUGCUUUGGUGGCUUGGGAUGAUCAUACUUCUUGCCAACAUGUAAUCAUAAAAACUUGUGAUUAUAUAUAAUAUAUAUAUAAAAAUAAAACUGUUUUCUAUUUGCACUAAUUGUUAUGGAAAAUCUGUCAUUGUUGGAAAUUGAAAUAAAUUCUGUGCAAUUUG